ACUGUAUUUGCCAACAUCAGGGACAGCAAAGGAAGAAGCAGCUCAGGAAGAACCUGACUGCCAUGCAAAAUAUUUCAGCGUUGUGUGGUGUAAGGCAUCAAAGAAAAAGCACAAGAAGUGGGAAGGUGAUGCUGUUCUUAUUACAAAAGGAAAGUCAGUAAUAUUGAAAGACAUGGAAGGCAAAGACAUUGGGAGAGGUACUGGAUAUAAAUCUAAAGAGCUAGACAGUCUUGCUGAAGGCCAAACACUGAUGGUUGGAGGAAAAGAAAUUGAAGUGAUGGGUGUAAUUUCAGCAGAUGACUUCAGCAGUGGCAGGUGUUUUCAGAGUGGAAUAGGGAUUCAUGACACAGUCCCAACUGCUUUAUCUCAAACUAAUAUGAAGCCAUUCUGCAAACCAUUCAAAAGAGCCUGCCAGUCCAAUACUAAAGAGAAUAUACUCAAAGAUUCCCAAAGCUACAAACCUCGCCACGAUCCAAAUGCUCCAAAUUCUCUAGUUAUGCCAAGACCAAAUGCAAGUCAUCAGUGGACAUUCAAUAAGGCUGAUUUACCUGUGGUGGAUGUAGUUGUGGACCCUUACAUUGCAAAUAAUCUCCGACCGCAUCAGAAAGAAGGAAUUAUAUUUCUAUAUGAAUGUGUAAUGGGAAUGAGGGUUAGUGGCAGAUUUGGAGCUAUUCUUGCUGAUGAAAUGGGCUUAGGAAAAACGUUGCAAUGCAUUGCAGUUGUCUGGACUCUUCUGCGUCAAGGGGUCUAUGGUUGCAAGCCUGUACUAAAGCGAGCACUAAUUGUCACCCCUGGGAGUCUGGUAAAAAACUGGAAAAAAGAAUUUCAGAAAUGGCUGGGAAGUGAAAGGAUCAAAGUCUUUACAGUUGAUCAGGACCACAAAGUAGAAGAAUUCAUCAGUUCUCCGCUUUAUUCAGUUUUGAUAAUCAGUUAUGAGAUGCUACUGCGAUCUUUGGAUCUAAUUCAGGCUAUAGAAUUUAACCUCCUAAUCUGUGAUGAAGGACAUCGUCUGAAAAACAGCUCUAUUAAGACAACUACAUCCCUCACCAGUCUGUCUUGUGAGAGGAGAAUUAUCCUUACUGGUACUCCAAUCCAAAAUGACUUGCAAGAAUUUUAUGCCUUAAUAGAGUUUGUGAAUCCAGGAAUACUUGGUUCUUUAUCCACAUAUAGAAAGAUAUAUGAGGAACCGAUUGUCAGAUCUAGAGAACCUUCAGCAACAAAGGAGGAAAAGGAAUUAGGAGAAAAAAGAGCAGCAGAACUCACACGCCUCACUGGACUCUUUAUUCUUAGGAGAACACAGGAGGUGAUAAACAAAUUUCUGCCCCCCAAGAAGGAGAGCAUAAUCUUCUGCCGACCAACAGCACUGCAACUUGAAUUGUAUCGAAAACUGCUUAGUUCUCAAGUUAUUAGGUCUUGUCUACAAGGCAGGAUAGAAAACAGUCCUCACCUAAUAUGUAUAGGAGCCUUGAAAAAACUUUGCAAUCAUCCAUGUCUUCUGUUUAAAGCUAUAAAGGAAAAAAGCUGUGAUCCUAUGUCUGAUGAACACGAUGAGUCCAGUCUCUAUGAAGGUCUAAUAGACGUCUUUCCACAAGAUUAUACUUCGGAUACUUUCUCUGAAACUGAUUCAGGAAAAUUGCAGGUGCUGGUGGAGUUGUUAGCAGCAAUCCGUGAGCUCAACUCUUCUGAAAGGCAAGUGCCAAAGAAAG